GAAAACAAUAAAGAAUAGUCUCCCGCGCCCCCAAUCGCUAUCGUAAUGGUAUUGCUACGAUAUACAGUUCGCCUCUUCAUUGUUGCGACUUGCGAGUGAGGGUUUUACACUCUUCACACUCUCCCAAACCCUUCUUCUUCCCAUUCUCAAGUACUCGCACUUCUUUCUCUAUUUUCUCCAUUCCUUUUCUUGUCUCUCUAUUUUGUUUUUCUCAGUAGCAAACCUAAUUUACAUCAAUUUCCGUGAGUUGGGCCUGGGAAUCGUGGACCCGGCCCAGCUACUUCUAUGCUGUUUAUUGCUUUCUGAUUAUCUCUCAAUUUAGCUAGUAAGGAGUUGAAAUUUUUGAGGAGGAUCUUUCGGUGAUGAUAUUUCUAAGAUAAUUUUUAAGUCAAUAUUUAUGAUUGGAGUAUGGUACUUGCAGGUUGAUACUGUACAAGUUGUGCCAAACAUGAUGUAUUCUAUUAAGGGUGGCUUGGGCCAAACGUUUGCCCUUGCUAAGCAUAAUGAAUCUGAAGGCAGAAAAACUCGAAUUCGUCGCUCAAAGGAGGAAAGAAAGGCAAUGGUGGAAUCCUUUAUAAAGAAGUACCAAGAUUCAAACAACGGAAACUUUCCAUCACUUAAUCUUACGCACAAAGAAGUUGGUGGUUCUUUCUACACAGUACGGGAGAUUGUACGUGAUAUAAUUCAAGAAAAUAGAGUGUUGGGUCCUGCUAAGUUCACUUUAGAAGAACUAAAAACUGAUCAAUUUUUUGAACAAAAUCCAUUGGGUUCAAUUGCGAGAGAUCCUCAACCUUCUCUGGCUGCAUCUUCAAAUGAAAAUCAUCCUGAGCCUAACAAACUUCAGGAUGCACAUAGCAAAAUGAUUUCUAUUUGUGAUGGAUCUUAUGCUGCAGCUGAGGCUCAGGUGGUUGACAAGGGACAUAUCAUGAGUGUUGGCCAUGUAGAUGUGACAAACAAGGAACCCAUUGAAGUAACUGUUGUUUCUGAUGGGUAUGAUACUGGAGAUAAGCAUCCAAUUGGUGAGAAAGGGCAUGCCAUAAAUGUUAGCCAGGGGGCCGUGGCAAACAAUGAAUCUUUUGAAGCUACUGUUGUUUCUGAUGGGUGUUGCACUGGAGCUGAGCACAAAAUUGUUGACAGAGGGAACUUCUUAAAUGGUGGCCAAGUAGAUAUGAUAAACAAGGAAUCCAAUGAAACUGCUAUUUCUGAGAUGCAGGUAAGUGAUCCUACCACACUCAAACAAAAUGUUGAACAAGAGUUGGGAGCUGCAACAACACCAACGGCUAAAGUAACUGCUGUGACAGAAGAUUUGAUAGUAGAGACAUUUCCAUUAAGACCUGUUGCUAGGACUACCAGUGGGAUAGAAGGACUAGGAGAGUUGAGAGACUCAAGUAGUUCAACAGAAAAUGGUAUAGAAGUGUUGGAACUGGAACAUGACGAGAAGUCUGAACUAAAUGGUAUGCAGCCCCCAAAGAAUUCUAAUUUAUUGGAUGAGAAAUUUGAGGUUGCCCCUGGAAAUCAAAUAUUAAAGGAUAUCUCUAACACUGGCCAUGAUAAGGAGGAAACUAUAGGAGUUACAUUAGAUGAUAGUGCAAACCAUUCUACCCACAAAGAUGAUUUUGGUCAUCAAUUUGAAGAUCGCACUGAUUCUCAAGUUAGAGUAUCUCAUCAAAAUACGAAAACCUUUGAAAGCAUUAACCAAAGCCAGACAACAGAUGUAGCUAAGACAAGCGUUCAAACUAAGAACCCCAGCAAGACUAAUCAAUCUUCUGACGAAGAAGGCUUGUGUAAAGCUGAUAAACAUAGAGUUGACGGUCAACUUUGUGGCAACUCCCAGAGAAGAAGCAACACAACUGUAGAUAGGAUCAAUCUAGAAUCAUGGGACGGAGCAGCAAGAAAUUCGAAACCCAACCCACUUUUAGCUGUUUUGAAAGUUUUUGUGGAUGCUUUUGUGAAAUUUUGGUCAACAUGAAUAUUUUAGCAUUUGUUUCCUUUUCUUGUGUAACCUAUGGCAUGCAGUUGAUGUUUUGUACCUAACAAAGAACAAUUUUGACGAGUCU